GCUUUCGAGUUGCCAAGGCAACGGGGCCUAGAAGCGAUGGAUGGAUUCUGAGGCGGCGGAGCUGCUCAGAUUCUCAGGUCCAUGGCGGAGGUCCAUGUCAUUGGUCAGAUCGUGGGAGCCAGCGGAUUCCCUCGCAGCAGCCUUUUCUGCAAAUGGGGGAUCCACACAGGAGGGGCCUGGAAGCUGCUGUCAGGACUCCGGGAAGGACAGACGCAAGUUGACCACCCUCAGCUGGAUGACGUGGCCUAUUGGUCCCAUCCAAUCGACGUCCAUUUUGCCACCAAAGGCUUGCAAGGCUGGCCCAAGCUCCAUGUCCAGGUAUGGCACCAAGACUCCUUUGGCCGCACCGAGCUCUAUGGGUACGGCUUCUGCCACGUGCCUUCGAGCCCUGGCUCCCACGAGUUGGAGUGCGUAACCUGGCGCCCGCUGGGCUCCUGGCAGGAGCAGCUCUCCCAGCUCUUUGUGGGCGGCGGGCCUCAGUUGCUCAACAGUGACCUCAUCUACACCGGUGCUGACCGCUACCGCCUCCAAACCUCCGCCAUGGGCACCGUCCAUCUCCAAUUGACUGUCAUUCUGCGUAACUUUGAUCGCUAUGGUGUCGAGUGCUGACCCUCAGUGGCAGAUUGUGGAAGGAGGUAUGUGAUUCUCUUUUAAGACUGCGGAUCUUCAAAGAAGACUUCUGAAAUCAUGGAAACAGGAUCCUCAGAAGGGAAUGCAGCUUCCUGACACCGUCUGUGGACUGUGUUUUCAGCUCCUGGACAGAUAGAAAGCUAUUUCCCAUCAGUUACUGAGAGGUGGAACAUACGGACCAAUUUGCCUGAUUUUGGUCCCUGACUCCAGGACACAGAAAUGUGCAGAGUCUUAAAGGGGCAGUUUUCCCUCAGUCACUUCUUCGUUGUCUUUGGGAUCACCUGAACAGCAUGAAUCAUGGCCUCACGUAUCUUUGGGCCCCAUGUGCCUUUUGUGAUCCGGUUUGUAGUCUGAGUUUGGCUAAAGAGAGAUGCUGUUUCCAGUUUUGUGCUGUGAGGUCAUUUCCUUUUUUUUUCUACAAUGUUUUUCUCUCCUUUUUGUAUUAAAUGGGUUUUAUGCAAA